UUCCACUCCCUGCGCCCCGGGGAUUGGAGCGAGCUUGGAGCUUCUCGGCGAGGCGGCCACAAAAGUCCCUGGCCGCGGCAGGACUGAGUCAGAAUCCCUGGCUGCAGCCCACCCAGCCCCCUCUGCUGCAGGCUGCAGCCGGACCGCGCGGCGCUUUCCGGAGCUCCUGGGACUCCGCGGGCUGGGGCUGGGGCUGGUUGGUGUAAGCUCGGUUCAGCCCCGGCUUAACGCCCCGCACCCCGGGCUGCCUGCGGUGGGGGGGGGGGCAGGCGCUGGAUUUCCCCGGGACACAGGCGCUCCCCGCCUCGUCCCGUCCCGCAGGAUGCCUGGACCCCCGGGGAAGCUCAAGCGGAGUUGGUUUAAAGUGCUGGUGGGCUUGACAGCAGUGGCCUUGGCUUAUUCCUACAACGUGGACCUGGAUCACCCCGUGGUCUAUCAGGGGCCCAAUGGCUCCUUCUUUGGAUACUCGGUGCUGGAGCAUUACUACGAUAAUACCCGCUGGGUCCUGGUCGGUGCCCCAAAGGCAGAUUCUAAAUACAGUGCCUCUAUUAAGUCCCCAGGAGCUGUCUUUAAAUGUCGAGUCCACACCAAUCCUGAGAGGAGGUGCACAGAGCUGGAUAUGGGUAGAGGCAAUACUCGGGGCACGCUCUGUGGAAAGACCUGUAAGGAGGAUAGAGAUGAUGAAUGGAUGGGCGUAAGCCUGGCUAGGCAGCCCAAGGCUGACGGAAGUGUGCUGGCCUGUGCCCAUCGCUGGAAAAACGUCUACUAUGAGACAGAGUACAUCCUCCCUCAUGGUUUCUGCAAUAUCAUCCCACCCAACCUCCAGUCCAAUGGUCGAAAAUUACUACCCUGCUAUGAAGAGUAUAAGAAGAAAUACGGGGAAGAGCAUGGCUCGUGUCAGGCUGGAAUAGCAGGCUUCUUCACUGAGGAGCUGGUCAUCAUGGGAGCACCAGGAUCUUUUUACUGGACGGGAACUGUCAAAGUGUUGAACCUCACUGACAACACCUAUUUCAAACUGAAUGAUGAUGCUGUGAUAGCCAGGCGGUACACAUACUUAGGAUAUGCAGUGACAGCAGGUCAUUUUUCCCAGCCGACUACCACAGACGUCGUAGGAGGAGCUCCCCAGGAUGGAGGCAUCGGAAAGGUUUAUAUUUUCAGAACAGACAGGCGAUCAGGCUCCUUAAUAAAGAUUUUUCAGGCAUCGGGUAAAAAGAUGGGCUCUUACUUUGGCUCCUCCUUAUGUGCAGUUGAUCUGAACUCGGAUGGACUUUCAGACCUGCUGGUUGGAGCACCCAUGUUUUCUGAGAUCAGGGAUGAGGGUCAAGUCACAGUCUAUAUCAACAGAGGAAAUGGAGUCCUGGAAGAGCAGCUUGUUCUGAAUGGCGACAAUGCCUACAAUGCACACUUUGGGGAAAGCAUGGCCUUCCUAGGAGAUAUUGAUGAUGAUGGAUACUCAGAUGUCGCCAUUGGGUCCCCGAAGGAGGAUGACUACGUGGGAGCAGUGUAUAUCUACCAUGGAGACUCAAGUGGCAUUGUUCCGCAGUAUUCUAUGAAACUGUCUGGGCAAACUAUAAACCCAAUGCUGCGGAUGUUUGGCCAAUCCAUAUCUGGAGGAGUUGAUAUGGAUGGAAAUGGUUAUCCGGAUGUGACCAUUGGGGCCUUCAUGUCAGACAAUGUGGUGCUUCUAAGAUCUAGACCUGUCAUUACAAUGGACAUCUCCAUUUUCCUGCCAGCUUCCAUCAAUAUCACAGCUCCCCAGUGCCAUGAUGGCUUGCAGCUGGUGAACUGCCUCAAUGUCACAGUCUGCUUUCGUUUCAACGGCAAACGUGUUCCAGGAGAAAUAGGUUUGAAUUAUAUCUUGACUGCCGAUGUGGCAAAGAAAGAAAAAGGCCAACAGCCCAGGGUUUAUUUUGUGUCUUCUGGAGAAACAAUGGGACAGGUUGUGGAGCAGUUACAGCUGUCGUACAUGAGGGAAAAGUGUGAUCACUACCUAGCCUACGUGAAGAGACGAGUCAAAGAUGUGAUAUCCCCAAUUGUGUUUGAAGCAGCGUACAGUCUGGGGGAACAUGUGAUGGGAAAGGAAGAGAAGGAACUACCUGCUCUCAAGCCCAUUCUCCGCUGGAAGAAGGGAAAGAAGAUAGCUCAGAGAAAUCAGACUAUUUUUGAGAGGAAUUGUCAAUCAGAUGAUUGUGCUGCUGAUUUGAAACUUCAGGGUAAAUUAUUGCUGUCUAGUGUUGAUGAGAAAACCCGCUAUCUGGCAUUGGGAGCAGUAAAGAACAUUUCACUUAAUAUCUCCAUCUCUAACAUUGGGGACGAUGCAUAUGAUACCAAUGUGUUCUUCAACUUUUCCAGGGAGCUCUUCUUUAUCAAAAUGUGGCAAAAGGAAGAGCUGGGCAUUGCCUGUGAGCUGCUGGAGUCAGACUUCGUCAAGUGCAGCGUGGGAUUUCCUUUCAUGAGGUCGAAGUCCAGGUAUGAGUUCAGUGUGAUCUUUGAUACAAGCCACUUGUCUGGGGAAGAGGAGUUUCUUACAUUCCUUGUCACGGCCCAAAGUGGAAACCUAGAACACUCUGAAUCGCUCCAUGACAACACUCUCACCCUGUCUGUGCCCCUGAUGCAUGAAGUGGACUCAUCUAUCACUGGAACUGUCUCCCCAACUUCCUUUGUCUAUGGAGACUCUGUGGAAGCAUCCAACUUUGUUCAGCUGGAGAAUUAUGAAUGUCUUUUUCAGCCUCUCAACUUCACUCUUCAGGUUUACAACACUGGACCAAGCACACUCCCUGAAUCUUUUGUUGACAUUUUGUUUCCUAACCGCCUCUCUGCCAGUGGGGCUGAAACUUUUCACAUUCAGCAGAUGAUGGUGGCUCAGGAGAAAGGAAACUGCUCUUUUCAGAAAAACCCUAACCCAUGUGUCAUCCCUCAAGAAAAUGACAAUAUUUUUCAUACGAUCUUUGCUUUUUUUACCAAGUCUGGCAGAAAAGUACUGGACUGUGAAAGACCAGGCAGGUCCUGCUUAAUUAUACGCUGUAACUUAAGCUCACUAGCAAAAGCAGAAUCCCGCAAUAUAGAUGUUUACAUGCUGCUGAAUACAGAGAUAUUAAAGAAGGACAGUUCAUCGGUCAUCCAGUUUGUGACCAGGGCGAAGGUGAGGGUGGACACAACACUCAGGAUUGUGGAAGUGUCUAAUGGGAAUCCUGAAGAGGCAACAGUGGUCUUUGAGGCCUUGCACAAUCUGGAGCCUCGUGGUUAUGUUGUGGGAUGGAUCAUUGCUAUUAGUUUGCUGGUGGGAAUUCUCAUCUUCCUGUUGUUGGCUGUGCUGUUAUGGAAGAUGGGCUUCUUUCGCAGGAGAUACAAAGAAAUCAUUGAGGCUGAGAAGAACAGGAAGGAGAAUGAAGAUAGUUGGGACUGGGUCCAGAAAAAUCAAUGAACUUCCAGAAAAAGGGUCAUGUGACACACACUUAGUAGCCUAUUGGUCCUGCUCUUGUAUCUUCCAUAUGUGGAAGAAGGAAUCUUCUCCAGAUUUUUCGGAGGCCCUGUUAAUGCUGUGUUCUUUAUCAUCCUAACAAGCUAGGGAACGUAUCCUGAGGCAACCACUGCAGCCAUGUCCGGUGACUGGAGCGAUUUACAUUUCCUGUAAGAGUUGAACUUUGAACUUUGGUAACCAAGCUGCAGUGCAGAGCAAUAUUUAUGAAUCCAACAUAUGUGGUAUACCCUCAGGGGAAGACUGAUACCUAAAAGUAUUUUUAUAAAUAUAAGCUUUUUAUACUAAUUAUGUCUUUAUAUUUGUAUCAAUGUUUUAUUGUUUCUAUUGAAUAGCUAUAUAGUUCACUCAAGCACUGAUAUCUGGCUAAAACCUUGGAAAUACAUAUAUGUAUAUAUAAAUCUUAUUGUACUUUUGAACUUCAAUGCAAAAAAAAAAAGACUUUCAGAUGAAACUAGCUGAAAAACCUCACAUAGCAAAUCCACAAGGCUUUGUAAUGUAUAUAGACCAUUUAAUGGCAAUAAGCCAGUCUUUUCACAUUUCUUAAGCUGAAGUUGACUUUUGAGUUAUGAGCUAAAGAAACCUAAAGUAUUACUCACAUAUGAUUUUCUGCAUUUGAGUUUAUCCGUUACUAAUCUGAGCUGUGGAAAACAAUUUCUCACAGCCAAGUAACAAGACUUAUAGUUCCACAUUGCCUCUUGUAUUUCAGGAAUAUAACCUUUUAAUCACAGGGCAUAUUGCACUGAAGAAAGCAGUGAAGAAUGUCUUCCUGUGGCCAACUCUGUCUCCCACAAUCUGUAAACCUUUGACAAUAGGCAAGAUUUGGGCAAUCAAGAUACUGCAAGGAUAUAAUUGGGCCAACCACUAAGGCAUCAACUAAUUAAUUUGUGUUAAAAAUGGGAUUAGUUAUAUCAAAAUUCAUGAUAUAAAAGAUGGUCUUUGAUAUUAAUGGUCAUAAGCUGUUUCAUAUGUUGCUGUCCAAGCUAGUGAUACAUAGGCUAAAAGGUCUGACCAUUAUGCCUUCCAUCUAAAUUUUAUACAUCCAAGUUACAAGAUUGUUUACAUGACAAUCUUUAGAAUAAUGACCAUAUUAGAUAGAUGAGAAAAUUUGAUGUAUUUCUAAAUCUUGUGGUUUCAUAUUUGGAUGCUUUUAAUACUAGCUAUCAUCCUUCAUCUAGUAUUAAAAACUGAGUUGAAUUCUGGCCUUGCUAAAAUGCAGACCCUCACUCUCAAAUAAAUCUUUAGCAGAUUUCUUACUGGGCUGGAAGAAACUGUGUGCUAAUGAAUGCAGCCAUGUUCAUACAAAAAGCUGUUUGGUAUCUGACUAGAAGUAGUGCUACUGGUAUACCACCGGUUUAUAGACGUUAUUAGUCUGCUUCUGCUCUUACAUUUCAGCAGAAUACAUCAGGAGUAAUUCCAUUGACAUGCUGGUAUAAAAUCAAUGUAAGGGAGAGGAGAAUCAAGCCCUGUGUGUUAGAAGGAGAUGAAAAAGAAGGAAGAUCAUGACUGGUGUCAUACUGCAGCAUGAUGAAAGAGUACUGCAGGAACACCGAAGACCUGAAUGCAAAGAAUAAACAAGAAAUCUGCAUGAGUACUUGUCUGAUCCUUACACUUGUGAAAAGGCAUUUUCUUUGCAAAUUCACUAUCAAUUCCAACUACAAAAUAUGAACUGUGUCCAUACUCGUGCAUUUUUUUAUGUGCCUCUUAUUAUUUGGAUGCAGGUUGAUACUUUAUGUAGAAACUUUAUCUAUCUUAACUUCUAGGGAAGGAGAAGAGAUAAUGUUGUAUCCACUCUAAAUUUUGUCACUGAAGGGCCUUCUUAUCUAUGUCGAAUUGGAAGUAUGUUCAGCUGCCUUUCCCAAAAUGAUGACAGAAGUAUAAAUAAGACAGAUUUAGGUCUUGUCUACUCUUACAGCGCUGCAGUGGCGCAACUGCACUGAGGUACUCCACCUCCCCAAGAAUUGUUUACGCCAGGGGGUUAGGUCAGUAUAACUACAUCGCUCUGGAGUGUGGAUUUUCCACACCCCUGGGUGACAUGGUUAUACUGACAUACGUUGGUAAUGUAGACCAAGCCUCAGUGUAGCAAAUGACCACAUAGCCAGAACAUAAAAGGAUCCAGUAAGCAAGAACAUUGCUAUAAUCACUUAUAGAAAGCUACAAAUUAUUUUUAAUGAGCGCAAAGCCAAAGGAUAAUUGUCUCCUAUUGCACUAUUUAGUAUCCUAGACUUGAGCCAAUUCAUCCCUGGUAUAAUUCCACUGACUUUGAAGUACUUUUGCCAGGAUUGUAUUUGGCUCCAUAUGUCUGUUUGUACUGAUAAAGUACUGAAGAAGGCUACAGACUGAGAAAGGUGUGUUGUUGUAAGGGACUGGAUAAAAGAGAGAGAAUAAAUGCAGUAUAAGGGAUUGCCUAGGUCAAGUCAAGAUAUGGAGGGAAGGAGAGAGAUCCUUAUUUAAUAAUAAAGAUAUUUAAUGUGUCUCUUGACUCGUACAAAAUGAUGAUGUUUGGCUAGAUUAGUGACAAUAUACCAGAAAUACUCAAUCAAAUCAUAGAGGAUCUCAGCUGCUGUGUGGUGUUAGGUAUUUUGUGGUUCAGAUGUCAUAAAAGGUUUAGUUUUUCUAUAUGAGCUCAUCAUGAAUUUCCCUAUCAAUUUCUUGGCACGUUUCACUCUGACUGCUCCCUAGUUCCACUUAGGAUGGUAAGAUUUACCCAUGAAAUACACUAGGACAUAGCACAUUUAAAAAUAAUAAAUUCAAAUUUCAUCAAACCUACAAGUUUUGAUCAAGUAUCAGUUGGUUUUAAUCAGCUUAUGAAAAGAAAACCAAACCCUGAUGAAAACAUAGUACACUUCAAAUAUGUAUAUAAAGUAGAUAUGUGCUAAAGGUGUGCUUUUUUUUUUCACAAGGAAGCACAACGAUAUAAAUCACGGCUGUUUCUGCCAUGAUCAGGGUGCUCCAUUAGAGGUGUCGAGCACCCUUGACUCUCCUUUACAGUCAGAGAAAGAUUUGAGACAAAACUCAGUGAAUAAAAUUCACCUCUGCGCAGAGGGCUAGUGUGGGACCUAUGCACUGCUUAAAACCUAGUGAAUCCCUAUCUUGAGCGAAUAAGUGAUAGAGUGCAAGGGUGAUGGGGGAAGAGAUGACUUCUUAAACACUGCAGGAAUGGCACCCAAUAUAUAGGGUAACAAAAUCCUUACUACUUUGAAAUGUAAACAAAUAGUGAAGGACCCUCUUUGAAAUCAAGAAUGUUCAGGUAAAUUGAAUUGGCAAAAGCAGCAUUGACUCAAAGUGCAAAGGCUGCAUUUGAUAAUGCUUAGUGCCAUCUUUCUUUGAAUGUCUUCUGUUUAUGGGCACAUUUUGGAAUCUUGCACAAUUUUCAGGCAUGAUAUUAUCUAUGUGACAUGGGAAUAUAUAUGUUGUUUUCACUAAAGGAUUUAAAGGAAUCAUAGACCUAACUUCUGCCUUCAUUUAAAUUCAUACGCUCAGUGGGAUUGCUUGGAUGUAAAUGAGGGUAGGAAUUGGCUCACAUUGUACAUUGAUUAAACUGGCAUGAAGAGUGUAACUGCUUUGGAGCAUGAAAUUGCAUAUACAGCAGGGUACCUGCACCAUUUUCACUCUUUUUUUUUCUUUUAAAAUUUCACUCCUUGUGUAUUGUAAAAUUGUAAAUUUCUUUUUGUGAAUUUUUGGUGGAAGAAUGUGUUUCACUAUUAUCAAUGUCACCUGUAUUUAGAAGCUAUGUGUGCAUCUAUAUUCUGAUUCACUUGCACUGUUUUGGAAAUGUCAGGUUUACAAAACUACAACUUUUUUUUGGAAUAAAAAGUAGCUACGAAAUUAUUCUAA